GAGGGGCCUCGCCGAGCCCAGAAAAACGACAACGCGAGAAAAAUUAGUAUUUUUGCACUUCACAAAUUAAUGACCAUGAGUUCGUUUUUGAUAAACUCCAACUACAUCGAGCCCAAAUUCCCUCCCUGCGAGGAAUACACGCAGCACAGCGGCAGCGCCGGCAGCUCCGCCAGCUACCACCCGCACCACUCGCACCCGCACGCCCCGCCGCCGCCGCCGCCGCCGCACCUGCACGCCGCGCACCCGGGCCCGGCGCUGCCCGAGUACUUCCCGCGGCCGCGCCGGGAACCGAGCUACCAGGCUCCCGCGGCGCCGCCGGGGCCGCCGGGGCCGCCUCCCGAGGCGCUCUACCCCGCGCAGGCACCCUCCUACCCCCAGGCGCCCUACAGCUACAGCAGCGCCGGCAGCGCCGCCCCGGGCCCCGAGCAGCCGCCCCCGGGCGCCUCGCCGCCGCCGCCCGCCAAGGGCCACCCCGGCCCGCCCCAGCCCCUGCUCCCAGGCCAUGCCCUGCAGCGCCGCUGCGAAGCGGCCCCCGCCGCCGGGGCCGGCACCGGGCCCGCCUGUCCGCUGCUGCCCGACAAGAGCCUGCCCGGGUUGAAGGGGAAGGAGCCGGUGGUCUACCCCUGGAUGAAGAAGAUCCAUGUGAGCACGGUCAAUCCCAAUUACAACGGAGGGGAGCCCAAGAGGUCUCGCACUGCCUACACCAGACAGCAGGUCCUGGAGCUGGAGAAGGAGUUUCACUUCAACCGCUACCUGACCAGAAGGCGACGCAUCGAGAUCGCGCACACCCUCUGCCUCUCCGAGCGCCAGGUCAAAAUCUGGUUCCAGAACAGGCGCAUGAAGUGGAAGAAAGACCAUAAACUGCCUAACACAAAGAUGCGCUCCUCAAACCAGUCCACACUGAGCCAGCAGUCCAAAGCACAGACACAGGGCCACCCCCAUCCGCUCGAUGGGGCUACACCCAACGCAGCUGCGCUAUAAAUACGGUUUUUGAAUUGAGUCUUUUUGGUAUUUUUUUGUUUGGUCGGCUUUCAUUUUUGUUGUUGUUGUUGUUGUUUUAAUAUAUAUAUUUACCUAUCUAUUGGGGUUUUCAAGCUGCCUCGAGGUGGAGGCUGGCCUUUUGGACCAAACUGUAUAAAACAAAACAGGAGCAGAAAAGGAAGACGAGACGUGUCCAAGAACGGGCACAUGUUUAAACCAAAACCCGGACGAUUGUCUACAUUGUAUAUAGAUAAUGGUUCCAUGCCCAUCAUUUUUUUCUAUUUAUGGAAACACUCUCUUGCCCUCGGUGUAAGAGAGGGCUGGAUGCUGUCAUGGACGAAUUCUCUGUACCUAAGACGGACUCUUUUUCUUUUUCUUUUUUUUUUUUCCUUUAUUUUUUCUUUUUAUGUUUUUUCCGAACACGUUAAAAAUAAAAAAAACCCACAUUUAAAACAAAACAAAGAGCUCGUGAAACACUUGUGUAAGGCAUUGACUUGAAUAGCGCUGUUUUGUGGUGUGUUCAUGGAUUUCUCAGUGCGUGCUCGUGUGUGAUGGUGCACACGCACGUAUGCACACACAGACCAACACGGGAGGGAGAACGAACACGUCCACAAAAGGUUAAAGACUUAUGAUAAAGUCCCCUUACUCUGUCUAAAGGAAAAUGUUUUAUGUAUCAAAGGUAACUUAACUGGUUUUAAGUGUAGCCCCCUCAGUAGCUGUGAUCUAUUAGUUUUUCUCCACGUUCCCUAUUGCAUUUAUUUAAAAAAAUAUUGCUAUAAAGGCUGUUGCUGUCUUCAUAUUUGGCACCGUCUAAAUAGUUGGGGUCCAUGUACAAUUUGUGGAUUUUUUGGUGUAAUGUAUAAUAGUGCCAAAUGAUAGUAAUAAAGAUUAUUCUGUACAAAAGAAUUAAACGCUUGAAACACAAGUCUGCUACGUGCUGUUUCAUCCACCUUGUGUUUGGCUGUUGUUGGCAUCAGGAAUGGAAAACAACAGUUUAAUGCAUUGUUUUGACUUGGAUUCAUAUUGUCAAUAAGGUUAUGGUUAUUUUAAAUGUGGUGAAAAUCCUCUUGGCUCCUACUUGCCUGGCUGGGAAAAAUUGCGUUGCAGGACGAGGAAAGGUCUUGGUUCAUUGUAUAGGUGAGUGGUGCUCUCUUUAGCUGACUUAGACAGAAUGAGUCUGACUCCACCGCUGGCCAUGCGACUGUUUUCAGCUGCCUGACAAGAGAAACUGUGCUUCUUCUGGGAGCCAAUAAGCUCCCAUGCCGUGAUAACACUUUAAAUCUUUAGCCAGUCGUGGUUUAUUCAUUCAUUUUCUCCUGAUUAUGAUUUCUUAGCUGGCUAGAACUGUUUAAGGGGAGUACAUAAAUGGUAACCUAAUGUUUCUUUUAUAAGCCGCCUUUUCUGUUUCUAUAUUUUUUUGUUUUAUUUUGUUUUAAGAUUAUUUCUAAAUGUGUUGAGAAAGCCUUGGUAGACACAUGAAUUUGGAUACAAGUCAUGAGGCUUUUUUGACCGAGAUUGUCACAACUACUGUGGCAAAAUGGGAUUCAACUGGUUCCAGCUCAGGCUGUGCAUCUUGCUGCUUCCAGGCAGAUAAGGAGUUCAGACAAAGCAAGCUGCUAAAGGGGAGCCCUGCUUGGGGCUUUCACAAUAUGGUGCAGCACUGAGCUGGGUAGAAAAAGUCUUGGAAAGGAGCUCAAGUGCUAGUAAAUCUUCCAGGGAAGACCUGAAGGCCAAUACUUAUUUAUUUACUCACCCAAAUACAUACAAGAUGGAUUCUUGGAAUCAGCGCUUGUCUUCACAUAAGUGAGGCCGCCAGCACCAGGGGCAUCAUCUUCCCUGGUUGAGGUAACACCAGGCUCCAAAGGUUGUGCCAGCAUCCCUGCCUAGCCAAGGAAUAUGUCCCAUCCCAGAGAUGUACAAAAAUGUAAUGUGCCACUGGCAGAACUCGUUCAGCAUCGGGGAGGUGGCAGCUGUAAACACCCUCAGCAAACACGGCUGUCCCCAUACCUGAUCAAGGAGCAGGCCUGAAAAACACACUUCUGCUCAUACAUUGCUGUUUACUAAAUCCUGAGUCGCCAGUUGUCUCCUUAUAAAGGGAAAAAAAUAUAGCUGUAUGUGAGGUAACUACUAUCCACAAAUGUGUAACUCUUCAUUUGGUUUAUCGCUUGAGAAUCCCUUAAUGUAUUUAGAGCCAAAAUUAGCACAACUGAACAAAAUUCCAGCUGAAACGUAUUAACUGGCAGCGCAGGAUUUCUUCAGUGUGCAGCCUAUGCGUAUAAACCUGGUUUGCUCCCAUUGUAAAGAGAAAUGAAAUCACGCUGCAAAUAGCAAUUUUAGCGAGAAUCAUUAAUCACCUC